UGCUAAUCAUAAACCGGGUGUUUCCAAAAUCACAGAGCAAAAAACAGAGGAUUUGAAAUCGAAAUCAGAAAAUCGUUUCUGAGAAUGGCUCUCGCUGUUACUUCUUCUUCAUCUGCUUCGAUCUCUGGUCGUACCUUCACUCCCUCCUCAGAACCCAAAGUUCCUAUUCGGGUGUUUGAUCGAUCGUACGGUCAAAUUCAACGCCAAGCCGUGACGUUUUCUCAGCGGCGGAGCUCGGUGAGGCCGGUGAAUGCGCAGCCGAAGCGGAGCGAGUCCAUUGUUCCUUCCAUAGCGACAACCGUUGCUCCGGAGGUGGUUGAGAAAGUAGAGGUGGAGGACUAUGCGCAAUUGGCUAAAGAGCUCGAGAACGCCUCCCCUCUUGAGAUUAUGGACAAGGCGCUUGAGAAAUUCGGCAACGAUAUCGCCAUUGCUUUCAGCGGAGCGGAGGAUGUUGCGUUGAUUGAGUAUGCGCAUUUAACCGGUAGACCCUAUAGGGUUUUCAGCUUGGAUACUGGAAGGCUGAACCCCGAAACGUAUCAGUUCUUUGACACAGUAGAGAAGCACUACGGCAUCCGCAUUGAAUACAUGUUUCCGGAUGCUGUUGAAGUUCAGGCAUUAGUAAGGACCAAAGGGCUGUUCUCUUUCUAUGAGGAUGGGCAUCAGGAGUGCUGCCGCGUGAGGAAGGUGAGACCCCUGAGGAGGGCUCUCAAGGGGCUACGCGCCUGGAUCACCGGACAAAGGAAAGAUCAAUCUCCGGGGACUAGAUCUGAAAUUCCGGUUGUCCAGGUUGACCCUGUUUUCGAGGGACUGGAUGGUGGUGCUGGCAGCUUGGUGAAGUGGAACCCAGUGGCAAAUGUCGCGGGUCAUGACAUAUGGAACUUUCUGCGUGCCAUGAAUGUACCUGUGAAUUCACUGCACUCGCAAGGGUACAUCUCAAUUGGUUGCGAGCCAUGCACAAGGUCAGUCCUACCGGGGCAACAUGAGAGAGAAGGAAGGUGGUGGUGGGAGGACGCCAAGGCGAAGGAAUGCGGUCUUCACAAGGGCAAUAUUAAACAGGAAGGAGGCCAAAAUGGCAUGGAUGCACAGUCAAUUGGUGCUGCCACGGAAACUGAUAUAUUCACUUCCCAGAAUCUAGUCACCUUAACCCGAACUGGAAUAGAAAAUUUGGCAAAACUUGAGGACCGGAAAGAACCAUGGAUUGUAGUGCUCUAUGCACCGUGGUGCCCGUUUUGCCAGGCAAUGGAAGCAUCAUACGUUGAGUUGGCUGACAAGUUGGCGGGGAGCAGUGUGAAAGUGGGCAAGUUCAGAGCAGAUGGAGAGCAAAAGGAGUUUGCCCAGAAAGAACUGCAGCUCACAAGCUUCCCCACAAUACUCUUCUUCCCCAAACACUCUUCUCAGCCGAUCAAGUACCCAACGGAGAAGAGGGACGUCGAUUCAUUGAUGGCGUUCGUCAAUGCCCUUAGGUAACCAACUGAAGUUUUGAAACGUUCGUAGAAAGUAAUCCCGGCGCCAUUCAUCUCCGUACCUAAAUGGUGAAGUCAACAUUCGUUGGCGAACCAUCGCCGAUAAAUGCUAUCGAUUCUUCUUCAUUGAAUCUGUGUUUUAGAAUUGUCUCUGUUUCUCAAAAGAAUGUCACAAGUCCUUUGUAUUCUCAAUUUAGCCUCUUCUUUUUUGGGACAAGACGAUAGGGCUCUUGUAAUUUUCCUUUUGGUCUACAGUGAGUGAUUUCUGAUUUCGGAAAUGGAUAAAAGUUAUGUUUUCUUGUAGCA